GGGGCCCCUGGGGGGCUGCAGCACGAGACGCAGGAGCUGGCCUCCAAGCGGGUGGACAUCCAGAACAAGCGCUUCUACCUGGACGUGAAGCAGAACGCCAAGGGCCGCUUCCUGAAGAUUGCUGAGGUGGGCGCGGGCGGCAACAAGAGUCGCCUCACUCUCUCUAUGUCAGUGGCCGUGGAGUUCCGCGACUACCUGGGCGACUUCAUCGAGCACUACGCGCAGCUGGGCCCCAGCCAGCCGCCCGACCUGGCCCAGGCUCAGGACGAGCCGCGCCGGGCGCUCAAGAGUGAGUUCCUGGUGCGCGAGAACCGCAAGUACUACAUGGAUCUCAAGGAGAACCAGCGUGGCCGCUUCCUGCGCAUCCGCCAGACGGUCAACCGGGGGCCCGGCCUGGGCUCCACGCAGGGCCAAACCAUUGCGCUGCCCGCGCAGGGGCUCAUCGAGUUCCGUGACGCUCUGGCCAAGCUCAUCGACGACUACGGAGUGGAGGAGGAGCCGGCCGAGCUGCCCGAGGGCACCUCCUUGACUGUGGACAACAAGCGCUUCUUCUUCGAUGUGGGCUCCAACAAGUACGGCGUGUUUAUGCGAGUGAGUGAGGUGAAGCCCACCUACCGUAACUCCAUCACCGUGCCCUACAAGGUGUGGGCCAAGUUCGGACACACCUUCUGCAAGUACUCGGAGGAAAUGAAGAAGAUUCAAGAGAAGCAGCGGGAGAAGCGGGCUGCGUGUGAGCAGCUCCACCAGCAGCAGCAGCAGCAGCAAGAGGAAACCGCCGCUGCUACCCUGCUGCUGCAGGGUGAGGAAGAAGGGGAAGAAGAUUGAUCAAACUGAAUGGGGAAAAAAAACCCACACACUGCAUACACACACACACACACAGCCACACACACAGAAAAUAUACUGUAAAGAAAGAAAAUAAAAAGUUAAAAAGUUAAAAAAAAAAACAACUGUUAAACUCCAAGGGAGCACCACCCACAGAACCUCCACCAACUGACAGUUUCUCUUCUUGACUUGCCACCCAUCGCUGGAUGUUGUCCACUUUAUCCACCAUAUAAAACAGUAAGCAGCUGCUAAAAACAAACAAAAAAAAAUACAAAAAGUAAUAACAUUAUAUGAACUGUGUUUCCUACUUGAUUAAAAAUAUAAAGAACUGAGUGUUUAUUUCCCUAAUUAACCGAGAACUUUUGUACACGUUUAAGCUAUUAUUAUUAAAAGUGUUUGCAAAAUGGUCAAGAUUAUAAUAUUGCUGAAUUAUAUAAAAGUCCUUUUCAUGUUGAGCUAACAUUUGACUUUAGCACAAAAAAGAGAUAUUUUAGAACACGUAAAAUAAUAUUUUUAGUUUUUCUCAUUUUGUUACCAAAUUUCAAACCUUACAUGGAGGCUAUUAUAGUAUAUUUGACACCCUAUAUACCUGUGAUUAGAGAUGUGUAUAUAUAUGAGGGCUAGGCAUGCUGUGUGUCUGAGCUUUGUCUAAAUGUUAUGCAGAAGUUUGUAGAGUUAAAGGUACGUAGGUUUAAUUCAUGCAAGGUAAACAAUAAGUGCUCUCUUUUAUACAAUAUGCAUUGCAUCUGGACCUUAAACAUAAAAAUGGUCAGUGAAACUUCUGUGAACAUGAAGAAAUUAUUAAAAAAAGGUAUUUAAAUGAAAUUUGCUAAGUUGUGAUUUUUACGGUUUGAACCAAAGUUACUCAAAUAGUAAAAGGAAAAAGAGAAAGAAAGAAAAAGGAAAUCUCCCAUAAUAUUUUUCUGCAUCUGUUUGCUUUGACUGAGUAGGCGUUUUGUCAUUCUUGUGUAUAUGAGAUGUACUUUUAUCGUUCAUAAUAUAUUUUUUUUAUUAUGUGUAGAAAGAUUUUAAAAACCUAACUAACGUGCAGCAAUUUCCAGUGAACCUGUACUUGGACGUCAGGUAAUGAGUCUAUUUGUGGUCACUAGCACUGUCUCCUAAACUUGUAAGAGAUCUGAAGCUAUCCUUUGAUUUUUGCCAGUGCUAUUAACUUAUGUAGACCUGUUAAAAAGCAGAGCAACGCAAUUAUAGAGUUAUCCUACUGAGCCAUGGAUUCUGAGUUUCAUUUAAAAGUGAAAGCCAAGUUGGUGUAUGUAAAAGAUUUCCAUGUAGCUGUGGUGCUAGUUAUUACUGGCUACAUUAUAUGCUAAGUGUAUUUGUGUUCCCCAAGUGUACAAGCCUUCUAUCAAAAGUAUAUUCUGUAACUCUUAUAUUCCAGGUGUAGGGUAUGAAAAUGCAAGUUUAGGAGAGCACUUUACCAAGCCGGUGUCCUCCAGACUGAAAUUGUUUGUAACGCUAGUCUUUUACAGGUUUUCAUUUAAAGAUGUUUGUGUGCUUUUAAUUGACGACUAACUUCUUGCUGCUGUAUAGUAAAAUAUUAAUAUAUUUUUAUCAUUAAACUGCUGCAUGACUAUCAUCUUUGAGUGAAGAGAAAAUGUUAUAAAAAAAGAUGCCUUAAACAGUACAUUUUGGUUUGGAAUUCUGUAGAAAGUAUUUUGGUAAAAAAAAAAAAAAAAAAAAAAAAAAAAAAA